GAGCCGUCGUCGAGGCAACAUCUCUGCCAGUCGUCCGCGAGUGAAUCGACAUAACGAUAUCGCGUUUCGUGUUCAGUGCAGUGCCAGUGACACGGAAAUGUUACGCUUGUGAUCUCAUAAAAAUAUUAUAAUGGCAUUAAAAAAGGAUUUCGACAUACCAGUGAAUGUUUUCAAACAGAUUAAGUUGCCCAAACCCGCGAAGAUACAGCAGGCUUUCGAGAAGUUUUUCAAGAAGAAUAACUACACUAAAAUAGUGCAAAGUUAAUUAGUUAAACGUAGCUUUAUAGGUUAAAUGGCUGGUGAAGUUAGUGAAAAUAUAAGUAGAAGUAGCAGAAAAAAAUCCAAUUUCACUGUAACAGAACCGCCCGAUCGCAAAUCGCCUAACUUUAUAACGGAACACGUUGAAUUUGUUGGUAAAGGUAUUAUCAAAACGCCCACUAAUAAAAAUAGAAGAAGCAGAAGUAGAAGUGGUAGUAGGAUCACCCCAACUGUUCUCAGCUUAUCUGAUGAUUAUUUUUACGAGGAUUUAGAAGAUUACGUUAAAGAAAUGUCUGCGUCUACAACAAUGGAUGCCAGUGGUGAACAGGAUGUGUGGAGUCAGCUCCAACAGAAGGAGUCUGAUCUGUUGCUGGCGGCAGAGCUGGGAAAGGCACUGCUAGAGAAGAAUGAGGAGUUGAAGAAAGAACAGGAACGCAUAGCAGAGGAAUACUCCAAGAAGUUAGAGGCGUUGGAGCAAGAGAAACACCUCCUCCGACGCCGACUGGACACCGAGCAGGGGGAAUACGAAGCCAGGCUGCUGGAAUUACAGAAUGACAUUAAGGAGCUCACUGCUAAGAUCGGCACCAGGGACACUUCAGUUAAACAGCGUGAUGAAGAAAAAGCCAGCUUAAUAGCUGAACUCACGGCACAGAACUCCCGCCUCACCGUACAGUUGAAAGAGUCGUCAGCUACCGAGGCGCAACUCUUGGCGCAGUUGGAAGCAUUAAAAGACCAAUGCACAAUUAGAAAAACUAGCUUACAGGAUCAUGUUCAAAGUCUUGAAUCGCUCAAGUCAGAGUUGGCCCUAAUGAGCGAUAAGAGAGCUGAACUCGAGAGACGUUUGACAUCUUCCCUCCGCGACAAGGAUGGCCUUCACCAGCAGCUUGAAGAAGCGAAUGACAGAAUUGCAGCUCUGGAGAGACAGUUGAAAGAACAGGAACAUCUGUACCAAAACACUCUCAAAGAACUGGAACGUCUUCAAAGGUCGCACGACACUCUCGCCGAACGCGUGGGUGUCGAUGCUGUAGACACUACGGAUACAGCCAGGUCACUGCACGCGGAAAUGGAGGCGGAGCCAGAAGAAGACGACAACUGGCUACGCAGUGAAGCAGUUCAAGUCUUCAAACAGCUGAGAUCGUUAGCCUUGCAGUUGAAUACAGGACAUGAUGACGAUUCAGGUCUACAUUCAGAUCUGUCCCUGUCGUCUCUGGAUGGUGAUGAGAGCGAAACAUUACGACGUGGUGCGCUCGCUGCAGCCUGUGCAGACGCAGUUGCCGCUUACGCAACACUGGAAGGGUCACGCGUGAGGGACUCAAUCGCUGCGCACGCACGUCGUUCACUAGAAAGGGAGAGGCAGAUUGACGAGAAGAACGAAAUAAUAGCUGAUCUAUCAUCUAAGUUAUCAGUGGCAGAGGUUGAACUUCGUGCGGCCGCUGAAGAGAGGGAUAAACUUCUUAACGAUGCCAACUACAACAGCCUGCAAAACGAUGAAGCCGUUACAAAGGCCAGGCAAGAGAGGGACGAAGCUAUUGAAAGAAAGAAGGCCGUGGAGGUGGCACUGGCGAAGACCAGAGUUGAGCUGAUGCAGGCCAACAGCCAGCUGUACGAGGCUGUUCGGCAGAAGAUCGAUCUAGGACAGCAACUGGAACAGUGGCAGAUGGACAUGCAGGAACUGAUCGAUGAGCAAAUGAAGACCAAGCUGACGACCCAGGAGAAGCGCAGGAAGCUCCCUGCGCCGGCCGCUCCGACGAGGACCUCCAGGAUCCUAGGAUUUUUUCAACGGUGAUCUGCUGUACCCGACUCUUGGUGCAACUCUCUCAAGCCAUAAAUAAAAACACCGCCACCAUUUUAUAUCUAUUUAUUAUAAAACAUCACGACGUAAACAUUAUACCCGCUGCGUUGAGCGUUUUUACACCAUUGUACAAAAAUAAUUUAUCAUCUGUAGUCCUCGUGGCCGCCAUCUUGUUUCGAACGGAUGCGAUCGGUAUUGCCGCGUUUUUAGGAUAUAGCCUAAUUUUAUUUUUAAAACCGUGUGAUGUUUACACAUUUGCAGUGAUAGUUAGUGUCUUAAUUAGAUUGUUGAUAGUUACUUUACGUGUAAUUUUUAAUGUUUUACUGAGUUUUAUAUAGAUAAUGAGAUUCGUAGGUUACUGCACUCUAGUGGCUGUUUAGUAUUUGUCUUCGAUUUGGGCAUUCCGUACAAAAAUACAUUAAAAUUAAGAAACAUAGCAUUCCUUUUUUUAAAUCAUUUUAUAUAUAUGGGCGGAUAUGGUACAACAGAUUUUAAACCGGGGAAAUCCAGGAGUUCACACACAAACUAGUUUUAAUAUUUCGAAAUAAAUACCGAUAAACGAAUUAUGUAAAUAAUCACUCGAAACGAAACGCCAUUAAUAGUACUAAUCUAUUUUUUUUGCCAAUCCCCCAUUUUCUUUAACUCACGUCAGCCAUCUUGUUAAUUUUAAGUGCCUUUGAGUAUGAAACUCUACUCCAAAAAUAUUAUGUAAUUAAAAAAAAAAAAACGAAAAAUAACUGAACUUAAUAAGGUAAUCGUAUUUAUA